AUGGCGAAGCCACCUGUCAAUGUCAGACCCAAGAUCGCGUUUGUCGGUCUCGGCGCAAUGGGUAGGGGUAUGGCCAUACAACUGCUCAACGAUGGGUUCCCCGUCUGUGGGUUCGACGUCAAUCCCAUGUCGCUCGAGACAUUACUGGCCAUGGGCGGCACCGCCGCCUCAAGUCCGCGAGAAUGCGUUCAAGAUGCCGAUGUCUUCAUCUGCAUGGUAGCCAACUCCAUGCAGACAGAGGAGGUACUUUUCACCGAAGGAGUCGGUGCAAUCUUCGGUCUGAAGAAGAAUGCAAUUAUCAUAUUAUGCUCCACCGUUGCCCCGAGCUUCCCACCAAAGAUCUUGGACCAGAUCCACAAUAAAUUCUCGAGGACUGAUGUCAAUCUGAUCGAUUGUCCUGUAUCUGGCGGGGUGCUCCGUGCAGCUCAGGGCACGCUGACAAUCAUGUCAUCGGGACCCCAGGAUGCCCUAAGCCUUGCCCACCCAAUUCUGCAGUCGCUAAGCCAAACGCUAUACACAAUCGAGCGGGGCCUCGGCAGUGCCAAUAAAGUCAAGCUUAUCAAUCAGCAUCUUGCGGGCGUCCAUAUCGCCUUGGCAGCAGAGGCGAUGGGACUAGCGGCGACUAUGGGAUUGAAUACAAAGCAAUUCUAUGACAGUGUGUUGGAAAGUCCUGCCCAUAGUUGGAUGUUUGAGAACCGAGUGCCGCACAUGCUUUGCGAUGACUGGUCGCCCCACUCUGCUCUCAGCAUAUUCGUCAAAGAUAUGCGGAUUGUCACUUCGGAAGGUCUCAAUGAGGACUUCCCAUUGUACAUCGCCUCCACCGCGGAGGGUCUCUAUCAAUUUGCUGCACGGGCUGGUUACGACAAGGAAGAUGAUUCUGGCCUAGUGCGAAUAUUUGUUCCUCAGGAUCUGUUACUAGUUUCCGAGGCGACACAUCGAAAAGACCACACUGCUGAUCAUGAACGCAAGUCGAAGCUUAUCUGCCAAAUGCUGGAGAUUGUUCACGGCGUUGCAGCAAUUGAAGCCAUUGCCCUUGGGAGCAAACUCGGUCUUUCACUCAAGGCUCUGAAACCAAUAAUUUCAGACGCAGCGGGUGCAAGCGAAAGCUUUGAAUCAGUCGCCGCGACAAUCAUGGGACAACAAAGUGCUUCACCACGUACACUAUCACAGUCAAGGGACAUACUGGUCAGUAUAUUCUUCCUUGCACAUGUGUGA